AUGCCCCAACUAAACCCCAGCCCCUGAUUUUUUAUCAUGCUUACCUCAUGACUCACUUUCUCUCUAAUUAUUCAGCCCAAACUUCUAUCAUUCGUAUCGAUAAAUCCCCCAUCUAACAAACCACCUGUCGCCCCAACCACUACUCCCUGAGCCUGACCAUGAACCUAA